AUGCCGAAGUGUAAAAAUUGUGGGCAUACGGAAUUCGAGCGCGAUCUUUCGAAUGCUAAUAAUGAUUUAGUGUGCAAGUCAUGUGGUGUGGUUUCAGAAGAUAAUCCGAUUGUGUCGGAGGUUACAUUUGGAGAGACCAGUUCAGGAGCGGCGGUUGUGCAGGGCUCGUUUAUUGGAGCAGGGCAAGCACAUGCAGCUUUUGGAGUGCGAGGAGGUACUAGCGCAUUGGAAUCACGUGAGGCUACUUUGAACAAUGCUAGAAGAAAGUUACGAGCAGUGUCGCAUGCUUUGCAGAUACCUGAGUAUGUUACGGAUGCUGCGUUUCAGUGGUAUAAGCUAGCUUUGGCUUAUAAUUUUGUCCAAGGGAGGAGGUCGCAGAAUGUAAUAGCUUCCUGUUUGUACGUUGCUUGUAGAAAAGAAAAGACUCAUCAUAUGCUGAUCGAUUUUUCUUCACGUUUACAGGUGAGUGUUUAUUCAAUUGGAGCCACGUUUUUAAAACUAGUCAAAGCUUUGCAUAUCACCGACUUACCUCUAGCGGAUCCUUCUUUGUUUAUUCAACAUUUUGCUGAGAAAUUAGACUUGGGUGAUAAAAAGAUCAAGGUGGUAAAAGAUGCGGUAAAGUUAGCUCAACGAAUGUCUAAAGACUGGAUGUACGAAGGUCGGCGCCCUGCUGGAAUAGCGGGAGCAUGUCUCUUGCUAGCAUGUAGGAUGAAUAACUUACGGAGAACACAUUCUGAGAUUGUUGCGGUGUCUCAUGUUGCAGAAGAAACUCUACAACAGCGGUUAAAUGAAUUUAAAAAUACGAAUUCGGGUAAAUUAUCUAUAAAACAGUUCCGUGACGUUGAUGAGGACGAUCAAGCUUUACAAGAGGGAAGUAAGCCACCUAGUUUUCAACGUAAUAGAAUAAAAGAAAAGAAGCUGAAGGAACGAAUACAAACAGAUCAUAUGGAGGCAGAUGAUGAAGCCCUCUCUAAAAACCCAAUUCUUUCUCAAGUUCUUGGGGAACAGCAGUUAUCAUCUCGGGAGGUAUUGUACUAUCUUAAGCAAAUUUCUGACCGUCGUGAGCAGGCGCUGAUAAAACUGAGGUCAACGGAAAAUGGUUCGGAUGGGGAGAACUUGAAGAACUCCUUCAAAGAACAUGACAGGGAGAAGAGGUUACAUGCAGAUAUGGUUGAAGGAAAAGAAGAAUUACAGUUGACUGAAGUAGGCACAGAUGCUGUUUCGGGAAAGAACUUUCAAGAUGACAUCGAUGGCUACUCUCUUGAGAAGGACCCAUACAGACCGAGAAAUUUACAUUUGUUACCAACCACAAGAACACUAUUAUCAAAAGUCAGCGAUGAUCCAGAAAAUUUAGAAGAUGUCGAUGACGAUGAAUUGAACGCUCAUAUCCUCGACGAAGAAGCGUUCAGACUGAAAGAGCGUAUCUGGAUUGGGAUUAACGGUGAAUAUUUAUUGGAACAAGAAUCCAAGAGAUUGAAACAAGAAGCUGACUUAGCGUCGGGGAAUACAUCAUUAAAGAAGAGAAGAGGAGGUAAACAAAAACGGAAUAAACCGCCAAUUAUUCGUGACUUACCUCCAGGAGCGUUGUUGGUUGCUGAUGAAACAGGAAUACAAUCUGUAUUGCAAGCAGUGCAAGAACCUACUACUGCUGAUUCUGUGAAGAAUAUGUUACAAAAGACGAGUUUUUCAAAGAAGAUUAACUACGAUGCUAUCGAUGGGUUAUUUGGAAGGUAG